AUGAGUGUCCCGCUACCCUUGCGGGCUGCACUGGGACCGUGUCUCGCGGUUCCCAGUGCGCGCGCGGGGAAAUCAUUCCUGCUGACCCAGUCCGUCUCUCAAAUUCGCCGGUUUGCUUUCCUGACCUCGUCGCAGAAGAGACGUCCUCUUCCCCAGCCCCAAUGGCCUCGCAUCUCCAAACGUACUGCUACGACUACACCUCCGGCCUCGGAGCCUGUCUCGGAGCCUGUCUCGGAGCCUGUCUCGGUGACGCCCUACUCUGCGCUGACUGUGGGUGUGCCUCGCGAGAUCGCCCCGAAUGAGCGCCGUGUGGCCAUCACCCCGCAGAAUGUGACCAUGCUUCUGAAGAAGGGCUUCUCCCGCGUACUCAUCGAACGGGGCGCCGGCGAGGGGGCCCAAUUACGCGACCAUGUCUAUGAAAAAGCCGGUGCGACGAUCGUCGACCGGGACACGAUCUAUUCCGAGAGUGACAUUGUCCUCAAAGUCCGAGGCCCGCAAGUGGACGGCCCAUUCAAUGAGGUCCAGGCUCUUCGCAAAGGCUCCACGGUAAUCUCGUUUUUGUAUCCGGCUCAGAAUAAAUCCGUCGUGGAUGCGCUGGCGGCGCGCGGCGUGUCCGCGUUUGCGAUGGACCGCAUUCCGCGAAUUUCUCGUGCCCAGGUUUUUGACGCCCUGAGUUCCAUGGCCAACAUUGCGGGAUACAAGGCUGUGCUGGAAGCAUCGAAUCAUUUUGGUCGGUUCCUGACGGGCCAGGUCACUGCUGCUGGGAAGAUUCCUCCGAGUAAAGUUCUCGUCAUCGGAGCGGGCGUCGCCGGUUUGAGUGCCAUAGCCUCGGCCCGGCGAAUGGGCGCGAUUGUCCGUGGCUUCGAUACUCGUCCCGCCGUCCGUGAACAGGUUCAAUCGCUCGGUGCUGAGUUUGUCGAGGUCGAUUUUCAGGAGGAUGGCGCUGGCCAGGGCGGUUACGCCAAGGAAAUGUCCAAGGAGUUUAUCGAGGCCGAGAUGAAGUUGUUCAUGGAGCAGGCUCGCGAGGUCGAUAUUAUUAUCACCACGGCAUUGAUUCCCGGAAGGCCUGCUCCGAAGCUGAUUACCAAAGAAAUGGUGGCGGCGAUGAAGCCCGGCUCGGUCAUUGUGGAUCUUGCGGCUGAAGCUGGUGGAAACUGUGAGGCGACUAUUCCCGGCGAGCUGGCUAGCUACAAGGAUGUCACGAUCAUUGGCUACACUGAUCUGCCGUCCCGCUUGCCCACUCAGUCAUCGACACUAUACUCGAACAAUAUCGUCAAGCUGCUACUGUCUAUGGCCCCCAAGGACAAGUCCUUUGGCAUUGAUUUCAAUGACGAGGUAGUCCGGGGGUCCAUCGUGACUCUUGAUGGUGAAAUCGUUCCUCCGGCUGCACCACCCACUCCACCUCCAACUCCAAAGCCCGAAGCCCAGGCGGCCGCUGCUAAGAAGGAAGAAGAGCUUGCUCUGACCCCCUGGCAGAAGGUCACUCGGGAUGUCGCUCUGGUCACCGGUGCCAUGGGCACCACGCUCGCCCUCGGCAAGGCCACCGGUCCUAUCUUCAUGAGCAACAUGAUGACCUUUGGUCUGGCCGGCCUGGUUGGAUACCGCGCUGUCUGGGGUGUUGCCCCGUCUCUUCACUCGCCUCUGAUGAGUGUCACCAAUGCGAUUUCAGGUAUGGUCGGUAUCGGCGGUCUGUUCAUUAUGGGCGGAGGUUAUACCCCAACCACUCUUCCGGAGUACCUCGGCGCUGCUUCCGUGCUUUUGGCCUUCGUCAACGUGUCUGGUGGUUUCGUGGUGACGAAGCGUAUGCUGGAUAUGUUCAAGCGGCCAACUGAUCCUCCCGAGUACCCUUGGCUGUACGCCAUUCCUGGCGUCCUGUUUGGUGGCGGUUUCCUUGCUGCUGUGAGCACGGGAAUGUCUGGUCUCGUUCAGGCUGGAUACCUUGUUAGCACGAUCCUGUGUAUGAGCUCGAUAUCGGGUCUUGCCUCGCAGACUACUGCCCGACGUGGAAACAUCUUUGGUAUCCUGGGUGUGGUUUCUGGUAUUCUGGCUUCGCUGGCCGCCGUGGGCUUUGAUACCGAGACACUCACUCAGUUUGCUGUCGUAGCGGGCACUGGUGCACUGGUCGGAGGAUUGAUUGGUCGUCGCAUUACCCCUACUGGUCUUCCUCAGACCGUUGCCGCGCUGCACUCAGUCGUCGGUCUCGCAGCCGUCCUAACUAGCAUUGGUAGUGUCAUGGUUGACAUUGCCGACAUCUCGACUCUUCAUCUGGUGACCGCUUAUAUGGGUGUCCUUAUCGGCGGUGUCACCUUUACCGGGUCUAUCGUCGCGUUCAUGAAGCUUUCCGGCCGCAUGUCUUCCACUCCAAAGAUCCUCCCUGGUCGACAUGUCAUCAAUUCGACGCUGCUGGGUAGUAAUAUCGCUACCAUGGGAGCGUUUGUUACGAUGGCACCUGCAAACCCAGGAAUCGCAGCGGCCUGUCUGGGUGCAAACACUGUUCUUAGUUUCUUGAAGGGUUAUACCACCACCUCAGCCAUCGGUGGUGCUGAUAUGCCCGUCGUGAUCACCGUGCUGAAUGCCUACUCGGGCUUCGCACUCGUGGCCGAGGGACUGAUGCUCAACAACCCGCUUCUCACCAGCGUCGGCUCCCUGAUCGGUGUUAGUGGUUCCAUCCUAUCGUAUAUCAUGUGUGUAGCCAUGAACCGGUCUCUCACCAACGUUCUCUUCGGUGGUCUUUCGGCGCCCGCCCAGACCCAGAAGAAGAUCGAAGGCGAAGUUACGCAGACCAGCAUCGAUGAUACCGUAGAAGCCCUCUCCAGCGCGGAGAGUGUCAUCAUCAUCGUUGGCUACGGCAUGGCCGUCGCAAAGGCUCAAUAUGCCCUUGCCGAAAUUGUCGCCAUGCUCCGCGCCCGCGGUGUCACCGUUCGUUUCGCAAUCCACCCCGUCGCUGGCCGUAUGCCCGGCCAGUGCAACGUUCUCUUGGCCGAAGCGUCCGUGCCGUAUGACAUCGUUCUGGAAAUGGAUGAGAUCAACGACGACUUCGCCGAUACAGAUGUCACCCUCGUGAUUGGCGCCAAUGACACGGUCAACCCCAUCGCUAUGGAGCCCGACUCCGCGAUUUCUGGCAUGCCCGUUCUGCACGCGUGGAAGAGCAAGGAAGUGAUUGUUAUGAAGCGGGGCAUGUCAAGUGGAUACGCGGACGUGCCAAACCCCAUGUUCUACAUGCCCGGUACACGGAUGUUAUUCGGCGACGCGAAGACUUCUUGCGACGCUAUCAAAGCCGCCCUGGAGGCGCGCAAGUAG